AUGGAGGCCGAGGCAGCCCCGGACUUCGCCAUGCUGCGAGAGCUGCUAGCGCCGCCCUGCCUGAACCCUGAGCCGUCCCCGGAACCCCCGAUCCGGCAGGCAUCAAGAACCCCAGGAUGCUUCAGACCCAGUGGCAGUUGCCGCCCACGGAAGGGGGUGACCACACCGGCCAUUGUCCCCAGGUCCUUCUGGCCUGCACACCAAGACUCGGUCACUGCCCUGCGCUUCCUCCAAGACACAGCAGAGGAGCUGGCCCAGACCCCCUGGGACACCCAGGCCCUGGGGCCCUACUGGGAGCCGAAGGCCCUGGGACCCCUACCUCUGGCCAAGGAUGCCGAGAACAUGCUGACCCCAGUCAGCCAGCAGAGCCCCAACCUGGGGCCCCCACGGGCUCCCUCGACUUCUCCAGCCCAACCACAGAGGAGGCCCCGGAAGCAGUCAAACCCCCAGCGGGGUGCCGAAAAAGUGGACCCUCUCUUUGAGGGGGUGACCCUGAAGUUUCAGAUAAAGCCGGAUUCCAGCCUACAGAUUAUACCCAGUUACAGCCUGGCCUGCAGCAGCCGCUCUCCAGGGUCUCCCACUCCAGGCCCUUCCAGAGGCCCAGAGGCCAACCCGGGAGGCAGCGAGGCCCUGGCGCCCCGCUGCUGUGCUUCCUGUAAGACCAAGAGGACCCCUCUGUGGAGAGAUGCUGAGGAUGGUACCCCUCUCUGCAACGCUUGUGGCAUCAGGUACAAGAAAUAUGGCACCCGGUGCUCUAGCUGCUGGCUGGUGCCCAGGAAAAAUGUGCAGCCCAAGAAGCUAUGUGGCAGAUGUGGGGUGUCCCUGGGCCCCCACCCAGCCUCAGCUCAGGAAGGGUAA